UCGGACACGCGACUGAAGUGGUGCGACUAAGGCGCAUGCGCACAGGCCAAUCCUCCAGUGUGAAAGGACGAACUUGGCUGAAGCAUACCUAUGUACACAUCCACCCGGAGGCGAGCACGCGCGGUCUGUCGGGGCUCAGAUGAACCGCUACACACAACAGUGACUUAAACAAGCAGGUUAAUAGUGUGUGUGCUGCCCAGCUGACUGUGUUUUUCUGACUGUGUGCGCGCGAGCGGACGUGUAGCGAUGCCUCCAGCGACAGGCGGUCCAGUAGGCUACACCCCUCCAGAGGGAGGCUGGGGUUGGGCCGUAGUAGUCGGCGCCUUCAUCAGCAUCGGCUUCUCCUACGCCUUCCCCAAAUCCAUCACCGUGUUUUUCAAAGAGAUCGAGGUGAUCUUCAACGCCACCAGCAGCCAGGUCUCAUGGAUCUCCUCCAUCAUGUUGGCCGUCAUGUACGCAGGAGGACCAAUCAGCAGCAUCCUAGUGAACAAGUAUGGCAGCCGACCAAUCAUCAUCAGCGGAGGAUGCCUGGCCAGCAUAGGCUUGAUCUCCGCGUCCUUCUGCAACACUGUGGAGGGACUGUACUUCUGUGUGGGAGUCAUAGGUGGUCUUGGUUUGGCAUUCAAUCUGAAUCCCGCAUUGACGAUGAUUGGAAAAUACUUCUAUAAGAAGCGUCCAAUUGCUAACGGCAUUGCCAUGGCCGGCAGCCCCGUAUUCCUUUCCACACUGGCGCCUCUGAACAGCUGGCUAUAUGAUCAGUUUGGCUGGAGGGGGAGUUUUCUGAUUCUCGGUGGUGCGUUGCUGAACUGCUGCGUGGCCGGGUCACUGAUGCGACCCAUCGGACCAAAACCGCAGCCCCCACCUGCUGUACAGGAUGGAGGGACCAAAGGACAGGAGAAGAAAACAGUGAUGCAGACCAUCAACAGCUUCAUUGACCUGACGCUAUUUAAGCAUCGUGGUUUCCUGCUUUACCUCUUGGGCAACGUGAUCAUGUUUUUCGGUCUGUUUGCACCACUCGUCUUUCUCAGCAACUAUGCAAAGAGCAAGGACAUCCCCAAAGACAAGGCAGCCUUCCUGCUGUCCAUGCUGGCCUUCACAGACAUGGUGGCACGACCGUCUAUGGGCCUGGUGGCUAACACCCGCUGGGUUCGUCCACGCAUACAGUAUUUCUUUGCUGCAGCAGUGCUGUAUAACGGGGUGUGUCACCUGUUGGCACCAAUGUCCGUGGACUAUUUGGGCUUCUCUAUCUAUUCAGUGUUUUUCGGCGUGGCGUUCGGCUGGCUCAGCUCCGUGCUGUUCGAGACGCUCAUGGACUUGGUGGGGGCGCAGAGGUUCUCUAGUGCCGUGGGUCUCGUCACCAUUGUGGAGUGUGGACCGGUGCUGCUCGGACCCCCAGUACUUGGCAGACUGAACGACAUCUACCACGACUAUAAAUACACAUACAUUGCCUGCGGCAUCGUCCUAGUCAUAGCCAGCGUGUUUCUGUUCGUCGGGAUGGGCAUCAACUACCAUCUGCUGGACCGAGAGAGGAAAGAGGAGGAGAGGAAAGCUCAGCUUGAAGACAGGGAACAAGAAACUAAUAUAGACAAUGCCAUGAAAGAAAAAGAGAAGGAAGCUGAGAACGACGUGUCUACACCACUCACGCAAGCAGACGUGGCCAAAUUGGAAGAAGACGUCGUGUAACGCGCACGGGUGCGCCACAACAGGCGCGGUCACGUUCGCGCCGUUCAUUAGCGACGUCCACAGUAAACGAGAACGGGCAGCAGACAGUUUUACAUUUUAGAAUUGUAAUAAGAUUUAACCAGCCAUAUUGCAUACACACAAACAUACACGCUGACCUCUUUAUUCAUUCACACACUAUCUAUAGUUCAGGGUCUGGUUUCAUUUCUUGUCUCUCAUGCUGGAUAACUGCUGUCAGAUCAUUUCCCCUGCUUUGUCCUGUCUCUGCUCUUUUUUCUUUCUUUUUUUUCCACCAAAGAAAGUUCACACAAACACUCCAGCUCAGCGUUGUUGGUUGUGGUUGUUUUGUUUUGUUUUGUUUUCCACUAGAGGUAAAAAGUGUAGGUUUUAAUGAGCCACCGUGUGUCUGAGUGUGGAGAAACCAUUCGCCAUUCUCAUUUUAGGAAUUGCAAAAUGAGCAGCACGUACAGAAAAUCUCAAACGUGUGCAGCUACAGAUGUUUGGUGGCUCUCUGUGGAGCCCAAGUUCGUUUUCUAGUGUUUGUGUGAGAUUGAGAACAGUGUUUACGAUACCUCACCGUACAAACUCUACUGAAUGAGACAUUUAGUCAAAGGAUAUGAUCCAGUAUUUUACAUUGUGACUGCAGGAACUCAGCAAAGCCAGAGAUUCUCGCUCAUCUUUUCUCACUAAUUUCUGUAGAUUUUCAGUAAUCAAAAAUAAAUUAAACCGUAACUUUUUAAAAUACACAUAAAUUCACAAACAAUCUAGGAUCUUUUUAGUAGAUUUUAGGAAUGACUAAAAUCAUGCCUUUUAUUGGUGUUUUAUUUCUCUAGUAUGGGUUUCUGCACUGCAGUAUGUAGAUCAGACCUUCAAAAAGAUGACCCAUUUAAUAUUUUUAUAUAUUUUUUGUUACCAUACAAAUAAAUAAGGAGUCUAUUCUCUGUGCAAGGUUAUAAUACUCCUCUAAUGCUUGUGCCUUUUGAGGUGCUCUACUAGUCAAGCCCUCUGAACUGAGCCCAAUGUUUUGUUUCUUAAUACAAUCAAUCGAAAUGCUAUCAUUUUAACAAUUAUUUUUGUGCAUACUAAUAUUCUCACUUUUCCUAGUAAGAUUAGUACAUUUCAGUUUGUUUUUCGAGCAAUAUUCUAGACAAAAAGCACAUAGUGCCAUGUAUCUGUCAUAACGUUCAAGAACCGACUUGAUGAAUCCGAAUAAUUCAAUAAUAAGUCAAGUGAAGUGUGUCAUUAUACUGUAAAGUUGGAUUUGGACUCAGCGUCAGUAUAACCGCAUAAAGGUGUCUUACUGUUGGUAAAGCUCAUUAGGGUUGAAAUUCAUUUCAAUAUCAGCGCACUCUCCAAUGCCAGUGUGAGUUGUGUCUAUUUUAGUAUUCAGGAUGCACAGGCCAUGAGUAUGAAAGAAGGUUGUUGCACGCCACUGUUUCUCAGCUUUGUGUGAACUUAAACCAUGUAAAAAGAAAGGCUGAACAAUAUUAAACUCGAGGCAGGGAUUUAUAAAUGCGUCACUUUUAGCUGGCUUUGACAUUUGUGUUAAAAGGUCAAUACACCGUACUUCCAAAUAUUUCUUCAUUCCAAACCUAAAUGGAAGCAUAUCACAUAUAGCAUUUUUUUUUUCAUUUUAUUUGGUCCAGUUUUGAAAUGGCACUCGAUUUGUAGAUUCAUAUUUGAGAUGGAAAUGAAGGAGUGUAUAGUGAUGUAGAGAGGAGGACGAGUGCGUGGGAACACUCAGUACAGACUGGUUCUAUGUUAAGACGUUCUUUAGUAUCUUGAGAGUUUUGUUUAUUGUUUUGUUUUUUGUUUUGCUUUUUAGUAAAUCUAAUUUUGAUAAUGUAACUUAAAUGUUAUCUGGGUGUGAUGUUUUGUAUGUUUGACCGGGAGUAGUAUACCAAUAAACUGUUUUUAAAAAUUCUAA